UUCUUCCUCGCAGUGGGUCUCAGUCCAAGUUUCUUAGCAAAAGCUUCAGUCUUUGUCUCAUAGACUACCAUUGUUUAUUUUGUUUAACUCUCUCUUUUCCUUUACGUUCUUCAUAAAACUCCAAACCUUCUAACUUAUUUUAUUGUUUUAAAACCUUUUUGUUAACAGAAACAUUUAAUGGAGUUGUGAGAUCACCAAAUCCAAUACCCAGUUCUUUAAAUCCUUCCAUUUUUGUUAACAUUUUAUGAAAGUUUUGAGCUCUAAGCUUUUUUAAUGCUUUCAAGUCUUUGAAACAAUAUAAUGUCAGUUCAAGAAAUGUCCCAUGUUGAUAUAGAGCAAGGCGGUACUGAAAAUGAUGGCCACCACCGCCACUCAAUCGCCGGAAGUGACGUCAGCGUGUGCUUCUCAGACGCCGAGGACGGUGGCUCAUGCUACUCUCAGUUCUACUCAACGACAGCUGGGUCCUACGAUGAGUACAGUUUUGCCUGCGUUUCCGAUGCCGCCGUUUCGAGGAGGGUAUCUUCAGUUUCUUCAUCAUCUGAUUGUUCAGUGGAGAUUGAAAGUCAAGGGGGUGAAGUUGAAAUAAAAGUGCACAUGGAUAGUAGUAAAGUGGAGGGGGAGAAAGAUUGUAGGAUUUGCCAUCUGGGUCUUGAGAGUAAUAGCCAUGAAUCUGGGAUUGCUAUUCAAUUGGGUUGUUCUUGCAAAGAUGAUUUAGCUGUUGCUCAUAAACAGUGUGCUGAGGCCUGGUUCAAGAUUAGAGGAAACAAGUGA